CUGUUGAGUCUGUUCUGUGACAAACUUUGCUAAGUAAGCCAGUUUAGGUUGUGAAUCCAUUUACGAAUACUUACUGUGUUUUGUGUUAUUUCAGUCAUGGCAUUUAUCUAUAAACAGUUUAUUCUUUAGUAGACUAGUGUGAUUAAAGUUUCAACACGUUGAAAAACCGGUAACUAGUUUUUUGGGGCUGUCACCGAGGGUGAAGCGGUAAUCUUGCGCCUCGGCCCGGUUCCAUGCUAACGUACCGUCUGGUCUCCACCCACUUCUUGAAACAACCAUAGUCGGUCAACAUGUGCCGUGACAGAGACAUGAACCCUCUAGCACCCUCUGUCUGAACCUCGCACUCACCUAACCCUUACCCUCACGUACACGAUUACGACUGAUCUCUCUUGCCAAACUGUGGAACGUCGCGAAGGGCUGUAUUUGUGGCUGGGGAAGUGAAGACAGCUGCUGUGAGAUCAUGCGGCGUCCAACUUUCUGUAACAACUCCGUCGCUGUCGAACCUCCCAGACCUUCCGACAAGGAGGAAGGUCGUUUGACUAAAGUAAAACGCAUGUUCACCAACUCUCUUCGAAAACCUGUGGUGAACAAAACCUUCGCCAUACACAUAGACGAGUUGCCUGUCAACAAGGAUCACGUACCCAAAGUGCUCAACAAAAUGGCUACUUAUAUUGAAACUUACGGUUUGCAGACAGAAGGUCUGUUCCGGUUAUCAGGUGGCAAUCCUGCACUGGUGGAGCAGCUCAAGUCUUCGUUCAACCGCACGGGAGAUGCAGAUCUGGAGGCGUGCUCUGACGUGGCCUCAGUGGCGUCUCUGCUGAAACUGUGGUUACGAGACCUACCUGAGCCCCUCAUCACUCCUGCAGUAACGGCUGAACUGGUCACCCUUCUCCACAAGUACGGAGGAGAGGCAGAGUGGUGUGGUCAAGCAAGAUUGACGCUGGGUGAGGUUCCGGCUCGUAACGCUGCCACUCUGCAGCGGAUCCUCGCGCUACUACAUGCGUACAGUGUGAGACAGCCUGCUUCCGCCGGGGCCCUGCCUGGUGCAUUCGCUCCUCUGUUACUGUGUGCUGAGUUUCAUGGCAUCUCCACCCCAGAGACCACUCACGUUGUGGCUCGCCUUAUACACGACUACCCCUCCAUCUACUGUGACAAAGUUGUGGAGGGCAAGCCGACCGAUCCGAAGCAGCGGAAACGCAAGGAGCGCCACAACAGUGACGCUGCCAGCCUGGACCGCAAGUUUGUCAGAUCAAACUCGGAAGAGCGGCCAAGUGUGGAGGAGAAGAAGAACAGUCAGUCAGAGAGUAUUCGGAGAGUGAGCAGUCACGAGGACUUCAGCCGGUCACACAGCCAGCCAGAACAGCAUCAGAAUAACGGAAAUUAUCAGCCUCUCCAUGAGCGUAACAAUUGGCCAGCCGCAGCCCACAGCCGACACUCGCACAGACAUCGGCCGACCAACACUAACGGGCUCUGCGAGCUAGUGGAGUCCAGCCCAUCACCCGGGUAUGCAAGUGAUUUGUUUGACGAAAAUGAACAUGAGCGACGGCGUCACAGCGAGCGUCACGCACCACGUAUGCCGGUUCCACGUACUCGGCGCCGAAAGAGUGCCGGUAAACUGCAGCGCCAGUGGAGUAGCUCUGAUGAUGCGGACGGAUCCUCCUCUAAAGAGAACGAGGAAGAGCAACCGUUGCCAAUACACCAGGCCUCGCUAUCAGGGGAGGAUGAGUCCCCAGUAUCUCACAGCACUUCUUCCAGCAGCUCUCACUCCUUUCUGCAGCUCCACCCUCAGGAGAAGGAGAGAUCACCGUCACCAGUACAGCCCCCCACCACUCCCCCUCUGGACCUGUCCACCCUUCAUCAGCAAGUUGACUCGGCAGAGCCUCUCACCAGCCGUAGCUUUCGUCAUCCUCAGGGGGAUGAUCGACUGGUUUCCCCUCGCAACUCUAUAGUGAUGACUCGCAGAGUGUUUGCUCCAGACGAUUCGCCUCAACCCGAUGGCCCAGUGUCCCAGAUGUCUAAACAGAUUCACAGCCUAAAGCGCAAGUUGAGGCGUUACGAAGAAGGUUUUGAGAAGGAAUUUGGCUACCGACCCAGUCAUGCAGACAAGAUGUCCAACCCGGACACUAAAAAGAUGUGUUCCUUGCUGACUAAGUUACGUAGGGAAGUAAAGAGUUUGAAAGAAGAAGGAUCAUCUGCCCUAGGCAAGGUGCUGCACUCUGGUGAUAAUUCAGACACUCAACAAGUGCCGCAGUCAAUCAAAGAAGAUGCUAUACACGAUGUUGAAAAGAUCUACAGUGUUAACUCUGAUAUGCAGAAAUUGAGUGAGAAACGAGUAUCAAGCGGGCGACCGGAGAGAGUGGAAGAGAUGACCCGAGAACAGCUGGUGGACGAGAAGUUGGCAGUGCAGAAGGGGCUGCUAUACUUGGAGAACACGUUUGGCCGUCCGACCACCAAGGAUGACCGAGACGUUGUGCGCCCUCUCUACGACCGAUACCGUUCUCUCAAGAGAUUGUUGGCCAGAAAUGCUGCGUCGAAACUGAAAGAUAAUGUCACUGAGUUGGGAACAAUUUUGGAACAUGAAACUAUGGACUUCACAAGCUCUUCACCUCCCCCACCCACAGCAUCCCCCUCUCCUCCAUGCCACUCCUCCAGCUCCCCUCCCUCCAGUCCACCACGAUCUGUUACACCCGACCUCGAGAAUCUUCACGCUAUGCCACUAUCUGAGCUGUUGAAGCAACAACAAAUCACUCGAGAGGAGAAGAAACGACUUCGGAGAAGUUUACGAGAGUUUGAAGAGGAAUGCCAGAAAACAAUGGGGCGCAAAUUAUUGAAAGAGGACAGAAUUCCCAUGGAGCAAACCUACACUGAAUACAAACAUGCCAAAGCAAAGCUGCGGCUACUCGAAGCACUGUUGAUGAAGAAAAAGUGAAUUUACAAAGAAUAAUGACUAAAGCCUAUCUGCAUUGCGACAAGUAAUUUUAAGGCAGUUAUUGCCAAUUCAACUGUGUGCCUAAACUAGAAAACGAUACUGACUCUGUAGAUGUAUUUCGCAGAUAAUCAUUUUGAUUUUACUUGUGUUGCCUAUCUUAGAAAGUGACAAGUAUUGUGUUCCUUUUAUUGAAGCAGUGUAAUUUAGUGUCAAGUUCAGUAUUUUGAUAUGAAGGUACCGUGAUUGUAAAGAUGAAAAUCAAAAGCCAGUUAAGUUAUGGUUACUUCUAUAGUAACCGAAGAAAUAAUAACCAUUGUACUUAUUUCAAUAGGGUUUUUAGGACUGUAGAUUAUUUUAAAUUAUUAAUUACUCUUCUUAUAAUUUUAUGAAAACCUUGUUUUAAUUAAAAAAUUCAAGUCUCUUUAAGCUCAAAUUUUGUAGUUGUGCCUAUUUUUCACCUGUGUACAAAAAUAACUUGACAAGACUACGUCACAAUGUAAAUACGGCUUAAGAGAUGACCUAACGUUUUUAAUAUUGUUUUUUAUUUCCAAGUGUUCACGGUGUCACGGUGAAAUCCAUACAGACUCAUAAAGAUAGAAAAGCUCUCUUUAGUUCUAAGGAACAAGAAUACUUUGUGGCUUUUGGUAGAUUAUUACUUUUGUCUAUUUAACAAAAUGUACUUGUUCUUUAGUUAACAAUCGUGUGAUAUAAAAGCUUUCUGGUGCAUCGCUUGAAGAUCUUGCAGCAACGCAAUAAAAGUAUCACUAGCUUUCUACUAUGUUACUGAUUUGUAAAUACUGUUACCAGUGAUUUAAUGUCAGAAUGUUUCCUCAUUUCUGUUGGUUUUUCUUUACUUGCUACUACUUUAAACAGCAGUUAGUAGAAUGUGUUUCUUUUAACUUUAAAAAUACGAAUGUAAACUGCAAAACAUUAGAGCACAAACAACUUUCAAUGUUUUGGGAUUAUUUAUGUACUAGAAAUAACGUAGUUAGACUUUUUCAUAAAAAACACUAAAAAAGUUUUUUAUAUAAUAUUUUGUUCUGUGAACAAGUUUGUUAUUGUUUUGGGAUACUGUUGAUAGGUGUGAUAUUUUAUUGAUUAAGUUUGAUAGUGUUUUGUAAAUAUAGUAGCUGCAAAACAUGUGUAGGAGGCUGUGCAACUGAAAAUUGUUUUCCUUGAUGUGUUCUGUUUCUAUAAAUAAUGUUCAAUAAAAAUAAUUGUAGAAUUUACAUGAUGAUUACUAAAGCCAAUGUUGUCAACCAAUCAUCCUUUACAAACUUAAUCUGAGUUUGAAAAAUUACAAUGUAAAUUUAUAUAUAAUUUCUUUUAGUUUGAUGUGUACUAACUGUUCUUAUCAACUUUGAAAUUUCAUACAAAUGUUUUCCAUUACAAUCACAAUCGUCAAUUCACUGAAAUAGGGUAGUAGAAAUCAGUAAAUGGGUAUUAGAAUAUAAAUUAAUUAUACUCUUAAAACAUUUUUCUAGAGAGCUAUAGAAACUUCUCAAAUUGGGAAAAUUAUAAAACAAGAUACAGGCCCAACCAAAUAAUUUGAAGAAGUUUCUGCGUAAGAGUUUUCAGUUAUUGUCCAAUACAUUCACGUUGAACAAUCAUAAAUCUAUCAAAGAAAGCCUUAAAGGCAUAAAGUUAUGUAGUAUGAAAGAACUGCAACAGUAAACAUUUUCAAAAUCCAGUUUGUUUUGCCUUAGUAAAUUAUUGAAUGACAAACUCUAGAUUAAUGUUAAAGUUGGACAAUGUAUCUAUAUUUAUAAUUAUAUACUAUAAAUAUAUUUUGUGGUUCUAUUAGUGAUAUAUUGAUAUUGAUUAGUGAUUUAGUGAUAAAUAAAGGUAUAUUGUGAUUGAUUUGUGAACAAUUGUACAACACUCUUUUAAAAAAAUUAAAAAACAAAAACAGAUAAUACAGCCUCCUACAAUGCAGAAGCAUAGCAAUGCAUGAAAAUAAAAUUCUGUAGUUACUGUAGUUUUAUAUGUACCACAAUCCUGAAAAUUAGUUGAUCACAAGCUUUGGAUUUAAAACAAUUCUGACUUUUUGGUAAUUUUGGCAAGAAAAUUAUUGUUGUCUCUCUAUAUUUAAAAAUAUUGUGGUAAACAACCGUCUGUGUUGCUAUUGUAUGAUAAUUUCCAAAAUAGUGUAUAUUUUAAUUUUUGAAUGUUCGUCGGAGCAAGAAUAAUUUUGUUGCUUAUUUUUCAAACUGUAAAACAAUAGUUUAAAGAAUAAAUUCAUUUAAAUGUAGACACUCCAAUAAAAUGUCAACUUCGAAAUCGUCAAGAAAGGAAAUGUUCUACUAAUAUUUUAUCUUAUUGUGUACAGUAAAGUGAAGGUCCUGUUAAAGUAUAUUAAUUUGUAUCACUAACAAUAUAUUUAACAUCAUUUUGUAUCUAUCAAUAUUAUGCUUUGUUGAAAUAACUUUAUUUGUAGCACUAUUAAAACAAUAUAAAAUCGUAAAAUGUCUUUGUAGACAAACUAAAUAAACUUGGAAGUAACAUAUUCUCCUUGGCUUUAUAUGAGCAAUAGUCUUUUUUUAUUUGUUCUCCACACAUUUUAUUCUCAGUUUAAGCUUUAUUCAUUUUAAGAUUCACAGAACUUGUAAAUAGUGUGUGCUUUAAUUUGAAAUGUUUGUUUUUUAUUUUUUAUUUGUUGUCUUAUUAUAAUACCUUGUAGCGAAACAAGCAAUUCAUUUUAUUGCUCUCUGCAUUCAUCAAGAGUGCUUUUUACUAUGAUAACUGCAUAUUUAACUUGUUUACCGCUGAAUAAUUUGUUUUAACUGAAGCAUUUAUUAUAAUUUUACACUAGAAUAGAAGACGUGACAUAUUUUAUAUUUUGGUAUGAAUAACAUUUAUAUGUAACGGAUUAACAUGUAUGUUAUUUAGUUGUAAAUAGCAGCAGGAACAUGGUGCUUAGGUCCCCUUCCACAUCCCACCAAUCAUGAAUAUAGACUGAUCUUUCAUCUUUUGGUUCAUUUUUUUAUAGUGGAAAGCGUGUUAACAGCUUGAUACAUCUAAAUGAUUUAUUAUAUUUUGUUAGUGUUAUAUACACCCUGGGCAUUUUUUAUUUGCAGGUAUCAUUUUGGUUUACAUAUACUCGUAUAUAUUUUAUAUAAGUAAAACUAGAGUUUGUAUGCUUGCAAACUAGUUAUUAAAAGUUUUUGAACUGAAAGGUCACCAAGUAUUAAGUGAAAAUGGUCUAUCAUUUUUACUCGUUGUAACACAUUAUAUAUUGGACCAAAAGAGAAUAAACCUUUAGAUUUGAA